CUAGUACUAGAUCCCCAAGCGCCUGCGCAAACUGAAGUGACGUCACAGCCAGCAUGGCGGUCAAGGUGCAAUCAACCAAAAGGGCCGAUCCUCAUGAACUGAAGGCUAUCUUUCUGAAGAAUGCAAGUUUUGUGGACAAGGAUGGGGAGCAUUACAUGACCCCAGCUGACUUUGUGCAGAAGUUCCUGGGCCUGCACACACAGCUCCAUCACAACCCCAAGACUGUGCAGCUGAUAGCGGGAGUGGCAGACACGACUAAAGAUGGACUGAUCUCAUUCCAGGAGUUUCAGGCCUUUGAGUCCGUACUUUGUGUUCCGGAUGCACUUUUUAUAGUAGCCUUUCAGUUAUUUGACAAGACCGGCACUGGGGACAUCUCAUUUGAAAAUGUCAGAGACAUCUUUAGCCAGACCACAGUCCACCACCACAUCCCUUUCAACUGGGACUGCGAGUUCAUCAGGCUGCACUUUGGCCAUGACAGGAAGAAGCGCCUCAGUUACCUAGAAUUCACUCAGUUCCUUCAGGAACUGCAGCUGGAGCAUGCCCGCCAAGCAUUCAUGCAGAAGGACAAAAGCAGGAGUGGUGCCAUAUCCGCUUUAGACUUCAGCGACAUCAUGGCCACCAUCCGCCACCACAUGUUGACCCCCUUUGUGGAGGAGAACCUGGUCUCCGCUGCAGGGGGCAGCACCUCUCACAUGGUCAGCUUCUCCUUCUUCAACGCCUUCAACUCCCUGCUCAACAACAUGGAACUCAUCCGCAAGAUUUACAGCACCCUGGCAGGCUCACGCAAGGACACGCUUGUCACCAAAGAGGAGUUUGUCCACGCUGCAAACAAGUUUGGCCAGAUCACUCCUAUGGAAAUCGACAUCCUGUACCAGCUGUCCAGUCUGCACACUCACUCUGGGCGGCUGAACCUGGCAGACAUCGAAAGGAUAGCCCCGCUGGAGGAAGGAGCUCUGCCCCACCACUUGGCCGAGGUCCAGAGGCAGCAUGCGUAUGGGGAGACGGGCCGACCAGUCUGGCUCCAGGCAGCAGAGUCUGCUUACAGGUUCACUCUGGGCUCCAUCGCCGGAGCCACGGGAGCGACUGCGGUGUACCCCAUUGACCUGGUGAAGACCCGCAUGCAGAAUCAACGCUCCACCGGCUCCUUCGUGGGUGAGCUCAUGUACAAGAACAGCUUUGACUGUGCCAAGAAAGUGUUGAGAUACGAGGGCUUCUUCGGCUUUUAUAGAGGUCUCUUACCACAGCUUAUAGGUGUUGCCCCUGAGAAAGCCAUCAAACUCACAAUGAACGACUUUGUGAGAGACAAGUUCACCACUAAAGAUGACACCAUUCCGCUAUUUGCUGAGGUGCUAGCUGGUGGAUGUGCUGGAGGCUCCCAAGUGAUCUUCACCAACCCGCUUGAGAUUGUGAAGAUCCGUCUGCAGGUAGCAGGAGAGAUCACCACAGGUCCCCGGGUCAGUGCCCUCAAUGUUGUACGCGACCUGGGUUUCUUCGGACUCUACAAGGGAGCAAAGGCCUGUUUCCUGCGGGACAUCCCUUUCUCCGCAAUCUACUUCCCUGUGUAUGCCCACACCAAGACUGAGCUGGCAGAUGAGCAGGGCAGGGUGGGGCCACUGCAGCUGCUGACCGCCGGAGCCAUUGCAGGUGUACCAGCUGCCUCCCUGGUAACCCCUGCUGAUGUCAUCAAGACCAGACUGCAGGUGGCAGCCCGCGCCGGGCAGACUACGUACACCGGAGUCAUGGACUGCUUCAGGAAGAUCCUGCAUGAGGAGGGCUUCAGGGCCCUGUGGAAAGGAGCUGGAGCCCGCGUGUGCAGGUCCUCACCUCAGUUUGCAGUCACCCUAGUUACCUAUGAACUCUUGCAGAGAUGGUUCUACAUUGAUUUUGGAGGACACCGCCCUGCCGGCUCAGAGCCGACUCCCAAGUCCAGAAUCUCAGAGCUUCCUCCUCCCAGCCCCGAUCAUGUGGGAGGGUACAGACUGGCCGCGGCAACGUUCGCAGGAGUGGAGAACAAGUUUGGUCUGCACCUUCCCAAGUUCAAGUCGUCAGGCGUGGUGACGAUUCAGCCACCCGCUCCCAAGGAGGAGCCGCAGGGCUCUUAAGACUGUCCUUUCACAAGUGCUGGAUCCCGACUGGCUGCAUGCUUUGUGAGCCAAUCGUCCACUUAAAACAUUUAUGCGUGAUUUUCCCCUCCCAUUUAAAACCAUUGGCUAGAAUGAAGCUCACGUUAUGGGUUUCAUUUCUGGCCAUUCAGAAGCGCUUUUUUUAUUUAACCCGCUGCAUGAAUAGUGCUUUGACGAUAUGCUUUGUGUAGCUUGCACAGUGUUACUGUACAUAUUGUACAUCUCUGUACAGAGACAUGACUGAGUUGAGCCUAAAAAACGUAGUGACUUUCACCAGUGAUGCUUCCAUGUCGGGGGCAUCUCUGCAAUCAAACAUAGUAGCUUCAUAUGGUGUACAGAUGUUUUCAAAGUGUUUUAUUGAAAAGAAAACAAAAAAAUCAUGAUCAGAAUCUUAGUAAAUAAUUUAAUGCAUUUCAUUCUUGUAUUUUAUUGAAAUAAAUCAUGGGUUUAA